AUGAAAAACGUCACAAAAGUGCAUUGGGCCGUAACUGCAGAUCAUAGAAAAACUACCCAUGAUGAUUAUAUUUUAAUAUUGAAACUAAACAUUCUAUAUCUUUUUCUAUCUCUCUUUCUUUCUUUGUUUUUUUUCUCUCUUUCUUUCUUCUCUCUUUCUGCCUCUCUUUCUUUCUCUCUUUCUGUCUCUCUCUGUUUCUUUCUUUCUUUCUUUUUGUCUUUUUUGUCUCUUUCUUUAUUUUUUCCUUUUUCUAUUAUUCCCACUACCUUUUUAUAUCAUUCUAUUUCUGAACUUUUAUCUUUGUCUUCCCUCUCUUUGAAUUGUCAGUGUUUCUCUCUUUUUCCAUGUCAAUUAUUUCUUUUUGUCAUUUUCACUCCCUCUUUGUUCAGAUUUACUGCCUCCACUCCUUACUCUCCUCUCUCUUUUAGUCAGUCUCUGUUUUUAUAUAAUUUUCACUCUGUUCUACCUGCCCAUAUCUAUCUAUCUAUCUAUCUAUCUAUCUAUCUAUCUAUCUAUCUAUCUAUCUAUCUAUCUAUCUAA